AUGAUCCACAGGCGGAAGUCAUUGGUCGUCAAGGUUAUGAUACUAGUUCCGAUUACUUGGCUACUAGUGACUAUGCUACUCACCUAUUCAGAGAAAGUGAGACUAGAGAAAGAGGAGGACAACGAAAAUGUCAACCCCGUGGAAGCGAACAAUAACGGUGGAAAUUACGAAGGCAGGAAGCCAAGGCAAUCCUUGGAAGAUAAUAGGUCACAAGACAGUGAUAUACAACAGGGCGUUCUACUGCCUCCAAGAGAACCCGAAGGCCCAGGUGAACUUGGGCGUCCUGUUAAAUUGAAUAAUUUAACUGAAGAGCAACAGAAACUUAUUAAAGAGGGAUGGGAUAAAAAUGCUUUCAAUCAGUAUGUCAGUGACAUUAUUUCACUUCACAGAAGUUUGCCUGAUGUCAGAGGAGCUGGGUGUCAAGACGAAAAGUACCGCCCCGAUCUGCCACCCACGAGCGUCAUCAUCUGCUUCCACAAUGAGGCCUGGAGUGUUCUACUUCGCACCGUUCACAGCGUCCUGGAUCGAUCACCCCCCAACCUCAUCCAGGAGAUCAUCCUUGUCGAUGACUUCUCAGACAUGCCUCACCUUGGACGUCAACUGGACGAUUACAUCACGCAUCUUCCUAAAGUAAAAGUCGUUCGGGCACGAAAACGGGAAGGUUUAAUUCGAGCACGUCUCCUUGGGGCAUCAGUGGCGCAGGCACCAGUCCUUACAUAUUUGGAUUCUCAUUGCGAGUGUGCACCAGGUUGGUUAGAGCCUUUGCUGCAGCGCAUUGCUAAUAAUUGGACUACAGUGGUGUGUCCAGUCAUAGACGUAAUCAAUGACGAUACCUUCGAGUUUCACUACAGGGAUUCGGACGGUAUCAACGUUGGUGGUUUUGAUUGGAACCUACAGUUCAAUUGGCACGCAAUACCAGAGAGAGAAAAGAAACGAAGAACCCAUUCGUGGGAUCCUGUUUGGUCUCCCACAAUGGCCGGCGGACUCUUUUCUAUAGACAAGAAGUUUUUCGAAAGGCUGGGCACCUACGAUAGUGGAUUCGAUAUAUGGGGCGGGGAGAACUUGGAACUCUCUUUCAAGACAUGGAUGUGUGGAGGGACUCUGGAAAUCGUUCCUUGCUCUCACGUGGGGCACAUUUUCCGGAAAAGAAGCCCUUACAAGUGGAGAUCGGGGGUUAAUGUCCUGAGGAGAAAUUCUGUUCGAUUGGCGGAAGUUUGGUUGGACGACUACAAGAAAUAUUAUUACCAAAGGAUAGGUAAUGACUUGGGAGAUUUUGGAGACAUAUCUUCUAGGGUAGAACUAAGAAAUAGUUUACAGUGUAAAUCCUUUGAAUGGUAUCUAAAGAAUAUUUAUCCAGAGCUUUUCAUCCCUGGAGAAGCGUUGGCGUCUGGAGAGGUGCGAAAUCUGGGUGAUGGUGCUGAUACUUGCCUAGAUAGUCCGGCACGCAGGGAUGACUUACACAAACCUGUAGGACUGUGGCCAUGCCACGGUCAAGGAGGAAAUCAGUACUGGAUGCUGAGCAAAGAAGGGGAGAUAAGAAGAGAUGAAUCCUGUUUGGACUACGCAGGGAAAGAUGUCAUUUUAUAUCCUUGCCAUGGAUCGAAAGGAAAUCAACUAUGGUUUUAUGAUCCAAAUACACAUAGCAUUCAGCAUGGCAGUAGCAAGAAAUGCUUAGAAAUUUCAAUUGACAAGCAGCGGUUGAUGAUGUCUGAAUGCAAUGGCACCGAAAGGCAGAAAUGGACAUUUCAAAACUAUAAUCCAUCCAAACUGAUACAGCAUACAGAAUUUUUAUAGUGGACUUCUAAAAAUUAAUCAGGACACAUCCUAUUCAUUUUCCUAAGAAAAAUAUCUUCACCAUUGCUCUUGAACGCAAUUGUGGAUAACUUUUUUGAAGAGAGCUCUCUGCUAAUUGAUUGAAAACUAAAAAAUCAGGAACAUGUCAUGUUUGAAAGAAACCAGCCAAGAAUUCGUUGAAAGAGCUCAUCAAAAAAGAUUGACAUUAUCAAUUUAUGUACACAAAACAAACGAGAAAUUAUUUGAUAAACAGUAUGGCAAGGAAGUGCCUUAGAAUCAUUCCUCUUGUACUUAACGGUUAAAAUUCAAAUAAUUGUUGCUACAGUUAUAAAAUAAUGUAACUAUAGUACUGUGAAACAAAAGAGGGAGACAUACGUUGCCAUUUUUUAUUUCUAUCGAACUUGCUGUCUUCUGAAAACAUUCCAAUAAGUGACACUAGAGCAACUAAAGAAGAAACUUUAAGCGAGAAAAUGACAAGCAAAAAGAUAUUCUGAUUUAAAAUGAUGGGUGUAAUGUGUUUAUAUUUUUGUAUAUCAACCUGCUGUGAUGUGGUUGAAAUAUUUUGAUACAAUCAAUAAUAUUUCUAAUUUAAAAAGACCGGUAAAAGUUAGAAAGGAUUUAGAAAUUAACUAUUCAGAAAAACGUGUUGUAGAACAUUCGCGUAAAAAUUAUAUUUGUGAUAAAAAAAAAUAUAUCAAGCAAAUUUGUUUUUAUGGUAUCCGAGUAGAUUAAACACUAAAAUAUUUCUCAAAAACUGCAUUGAGAAGAUUUAAUUCCUUCAUAGAUUCUUCCGUAAAGAAAUGUAUGAAAUCAAAUGUUUGGUCAGUGAAAAGAGCCAUGUAAAAUUCUUCUUUAGGAACUUAUACUGUAAAUUAAUAUUGCGCAUAAUAUUCCAAAGAAAUAGGGAUUGACGCACCUAAAGCUUACUUUUGAUUUCUAAUUGAACCAGUAAUAGCAAAAAAUAUCUUGCGAUGGGUUUCUAGUUGACGGAUUGUGAGCUUUUAAAUUUUCCUAUUUACGAUAAAUUUUUUAAAAUUAUUUUAGAUGCGAUCUAAAUUAAAAAUAUAUCUAUAAGCUCUUAUUGUAAAUAAUGCAGGAAAAAACUCCACGUUUUUUUUUUUUUUCGUGUACUCGGAUACCAUACUUGGUGAUCAGCUAUUUAUAGGUUUCCUUUUGCAAAUCUUGAGGUAAAUUAUGUAUUUACCAUUAUUUAUUUUUUUUUCUUGUUCUAGUGAUUUCAAAAUUUUAAUCUUAUGUAUCAUUUGAACAACGAUAUUUUUAAAGGCACUUUUAUCCCGU